GUAUUUAAAAUAAUCUUUAAUGCAUACUUUAGGGUUCGUGCAGAUGCAAUAGCGUAGUCUUCAAGGUCACGACGGAUUUUAUCAGCAACCUUUCGUCCAACUUUCAGUUGUUGUCUCCCCCCUCUUCGGGCACAUUUCGGUCUCUGACACAUCUGAUUGGUCGGGAGGGCAAACACCCCCAAAUUAUGUGCGUUACGUCAUAAGAGCGCGCCGCUCUGCUCUCCGCAGCUCCGACUAUCAUGGCGGCUUACAGAAGCGCUGCAGGUUUUCAAAGAGUUUUGCUUGCUUUUAAGCAUGUCUGUCUUAAGCAGAAGUGCGGCGUUAUAAUCUGCCGGUACUCUACAGUGUAUGACCCAAAUGAGAAGACCUUUGAUAAAAUCCUCAUUGCAAACAGAGGGGAGAUCGCCUGCAGGGUGAUUAAAACUUGUAAGAAGAUGGGCAUCAAGACAGUCGCAGUUCACAGUGAUGUGGACUCUAGUGCGGUACACGUAAAGAUGGCUGAUGAGGCUGUGUGUGUUGGUCCUGCCCCUACAAGUAAAAGUUACCUGAACAUGGAUGCUAUCAUGAACGCCGUCAAGCAGACUGGAGCUCAAGCUGUUCAUCCUGGCUAUGGAUUCCUGUCUGAAAAUAAGGAGUUUGCUAAGAGACUGGCGGCCGAGGGGGUGACCUUCAUUGGUCCUGACACGCAUGCCAUCCAGGCCAUGGGGGAUAAGAUUGAGAGCAAACUCAUCGCCAAAGCUGCCAAAGUCAACACCAUCCCAGGCUUUGAUGGGGUGGUCAAGGAUGCAGAAGAGGCUGUUAAAAUUGCAGGAGAAAUUGGCUACCCUGUUAUGAUAAAGGCGUCUGCUGGUGGAGGCGGUAAAGGGAUGAGGAUUUCCUGGAAUGAUGAGGAAACCAGGGAAGGCUUUCGUUUUUCCUCCCAGGAGGCAGCAUCUAGUUUUGGAGAUGACCGUCUGCUGAUUGAGAAGUUCAUAGAUAACCCCAGACAUAUUGAGAUUCAGGUGUUGGCGGACAAACAUGGCAAUGCUCUGUGGUUGAAUGAGAGAGAGUGCUCCAUCCAGAGAAGAAACCAGAAAGUGGUGGAGGAGGCACCCAGCACCUUUCUGGACCCAGACACCCGGAGAGCGAUGGGAGAGCAGGCCGUAUCUCUGGCGAAAGCAGUGAAAUACUCCUCAGCUGGCACUGUGGAGUUCCUUGUUGACUCCCAAAAGAACUUCUACUUCUUGGAGAUGAACACACGUCUGCAGGUGGAGCAUCCUAUCACUGAGUGUAUCACAGGACUGGAUCUGGUGCAUCAGAUGAUCCGCAUCGCAAAGGGCUACAAACUCCAGCAAAAACAGUCUGACAUACCCAUAAAUGGCUGGGCCAUCGAGAGCAGAGUCUAUGCUGAGGAUCCGUACAAAUCAUUUGGUCUCCCCUCCAUCGGCCGGCUUUCACAGUACCAGGAGCCACUCAACUUGCCCAAUGUUCGAGUGGACAGUGGAAUUCAAGAAGGAAGUGACAUUAGUAUCUACUAUGAUCCCAUGAUUUCUAAGCUGGUCACAUACGGUAAAACACGUGAAGAAGCUCUGAAGAAAAUGGAAGAAGCACUUGAUAAUUAUGUCAUCAGAGGUGUGACCCAUAACAUUCCUCUACUGAGAGAGAUCAUUGUCCACCCUCGGUUUGUGUCUGGUGAUAUCAGCACUAAGUUUCUCCCGGAGGUGUAUCCUGAUGGGUUCAAAGGUCACAUGUUAACAGCAGGAGAGAGACGGGAGCUGCUGGCUACGACUGCGGCUCUUUAUGUAGCUGCACAGCUCCGAUCUCAGAAGUUCCUGGGAGAUCUGAGGGUGUCCAUUGUUCCUGCAGAGAGCAGACAGUGGGAGUUGUGUGUGGAACUUGAUAAAGGCGUACACAUGCUGGGUGUGUCUCGGGCUGGAAACAACUAUACAGUGGAGAUAGAUGGAGAGAAGGUUGAAGUGUCUGGAGAAUGGAACUUGGCCUCAGCUUUGCUGCCCAUCACCAUCAACGGCAAACACCGGAAUCUCCAGUGUCUGUUGCGGACAGCAGCUGGAGAAAUCACCCUGCAGUAUCUGGGCACUUCAUUUAAGUUGCGUGUGCUGAGUAAACUGGCAGCAUACCUCAGUAAGCACAUGCCAGAGAAGAUUCCAGAAGACACCAGUAGUAUCCUCCGCUCUCCAAUGCCAGGAUCUGUGGUGGCUGUGUCCGUUAAACCAGGAGACAAUGUUGCAGAGGGACAGGAGAUUUGUGUGAUUGAAGCCAUGAAGAUGCAAAACAGCAUGACCGCAGCUAAAACUGCCAAGGUGAAGAGUGUGCACUGUAAAGCUGGAGAUACAGUCGGAGAGGGAGAUCUACUGGUGGAACUGGAGUAGCAGAUCACCUGCAGGUUCUGAAGAUCAUCAGUCGCUGUGGAUGAGCAAACAAAGACACUAGUAGAGCAGAUGGAACAUUCCUCCAUUUGUUUUCCGUUUUUUCCCCCUCAUGGUUUUACUCCUUUUUUUCAUUAUGACAAUAAUGUUUCCAUCUGCCUGGAAUUUAGCUGGAUUCUAGUGAAGGAAAUGUCAAAACACUUAUGAUCUCUUGUGCCUUGGUCGUCCGUUGGAGGUUUUAUUGUUUCACAUGGAAUUAACCACACAUCAGCAGCAGUUUGAAAGCAUCUUUAAAUUCAGUCAGUGUAAACUGUGGACACUCCCUUCCUGUCUUUCUCUGCUCUUUGUGUACAUUUAGCAUUGUUUAGAGGAAGUGCUUUGAAUGCUUUGCAUUGCUGCAACUCAUUUUUAAUUAUUAAGUCAUAUUAUGCAAUGAUUUUUCAGCUCCAUGAUUAUUCAAACAUAAUGGGCCUAUUCACUCUUCAUCUUCAAAUCACCACUCCAACACUGAUCUAUUUAAGUGUUUCCAUAGAACUUGUACCUCAUUUCUGUCAUCAAAGGCAUUAAACUCCAUUUGUGAUUAUUUAUGCACAAGUUGUUCUUAGGUCUGGAGGUGCACUGUUCAAACAGUUAAUUUGCUUGAGCUUUAAUUGUUCAGUCUUUUCCUCUCUUUCUUAAAUUGAGAAAUCCAGAGGAGCGGAGCAUUAACAAGGAGAAGGCAGAUAUGAUUACUCACAGACUAUCAGACUGUGGUCAGGCUUGGAGGAGGCACUGGAGCGGUUUCCUGUUUUUUAGUACUGAGCCAUUUACAGUAGAUCCACUUUCUGUCUGUAUUUGUUUUGAGAAAAAAAAAUGUACGUGUUACAAUAAAAAUGGGAUUAAUGUAAA